AUGAUCGAGGCCAAUGCAACUCGAAUUGUUAAUUAUGAUCAACGUUUGAAGACUUUCCUCAAUUCUUUUCUAAUUUUUGUGAUCCUCAAUUGUAUUGCCCUACUAAUUUUACUGAGUAUCAGUUGUCUGAUCACAUAUAUAUGGUUUAAUACGAUACUCUGUUGUCGAGAUUUUACUGGUAUUAUUGAAGAUCGUCUCAAUGAAAUCGAAACCGAUAAUCAUGUAAGUUAA